AUGGCACCGACCACCUCUGCCAAUGAGAGGACCUCUCUCCUCUCCUCUGAACAGCGGGAUGAGCACUACCAAUCCACCUCCUCCAACCACACCAAUCGCAACAAUGACGCAGGAUCAUCCUCGUCCUCAACAGAAGCAGAAGCAGGGACAGAGCAAGAAGACCAUGUCACAGUCAUGCCACCACUACGCAAGCUUGCGCCCCUCCUCACAGCGCUCUGGGUUCCCGUUUUCGUCGCAAGCAUGGACGGUACCGUCACCGCAACCCUCAUCUCGAGCAUCAGCAGUUCCUUCAACGCCUCUGAACAAGCACAGUGGCUCGGCUCUGCAUACCUUCUCUCCGUCGCCUGCUUCACUCCGCUCUACGGCCGUAUGGCAGACAUUAUUGGACGAAAGAAUUGCAUGUUCACCGCACUCACCUUCUUCACUACAGGUACGGUGCUUUGCGGUUUAUCGACGUCGAUGAAUAUGCUCAUCUUUGCUCGUGCGCUCGCAGGAAUGGGUGGAGGAGGCCUUACAACAACAACCAGUAUCGUGCUCUCAGACCUCGUGCCGCUGAAGAAUAGAGGCCUGUUGCAAGGGCUAACGAACAUUAUCUUCGGUCUCGGAUCAGGCUUGGGUGGUCCUAUUGGUGGUUGGAUGAAUGACACGCUUGGGUGGAGAAGGGCUUUCCUUAUUCAGAUCCCACUGUUGCUGAUGGACUACGUGCUCGCUUUCAUCUUUGUCAAUGUCAAGACACCGAAUGCGCUCGUUCAGCAGUCAAAGUGGGAGAAACUGAAAUCGAUUGACUUCAACGGCGCCUUCAGUCUCGUGCUUGGUCUUUCCAGCACCCUCAUCAGUCUCAGUCUGAUGAGUGCAAACGAUCUUCACAUCUCCAAUCCUUUCGUCUGGGGUGGCUUUGUCAUCGGCUUCGCCAGCAUAAGCUUCUUCUUCUACGCAGAAGCCAAAAUCGCACGCAACCCCAUCCUCCCCCUCCGUCUCAUCACUCAACGAUCCGGUGCAGCAGUCGCAUUCGCCAACUUCUGCCUCUCCAUCGUCUCCUUCGGUACUCUCUACCAUUUCCCGCUUUACUUUCAAGCAGUCAAACUCGAAACUCCCUCCCUUGCAGGCCUCCACCUUAUCCCGAACAGUAUUGCUCUCAGCGUCGGCUCUGUUCUGGCCGGCUUAACCAUGCGCAGCUCUGGCCGAUACUACUCGUACAACCUCGUCAACUCGAUGCUCAUCACCGUCUCGAUCAUUUGCUUCACCACUUUCACCCAAGACAGCUCGGAAGCGUAUACCUAUGCAUCGAUCGUUCCGCACGGAUUCGGAACAGCAGGUGUACUAACAUGCACUUUGAUCGCUCUCAUCAACUCUGUUCCGCGAAGCGAUGUUGCAGUGGCGACAAGUAUGUCGUAUAUGGCACGCAAUACGGGUCAGAUUUUGGGUGUUUCUGGUGGUGGAACACUGUUUCAGGCUUUGCUCAAGAGACAGUUGAGACAGAAGAUUACAGGGAAGGAUGCGGAUAGGAUCAUUUCGGAGAUUAGGCAUAAGAGUAGUAUCGUGCCAGAAUUGCCGACGGAGUUGCAGAAGGCGGCGGUCGAGUCGUAUGCGUUUGCGCUCAGAUGGGUUUUUACUGGGAUAGCGGUGGUGAGUUUGGGGACGGUGAUUGGAUGUGCGUUUAUUGAGGAUAAGGGGUUGCCCAAUUACGAGGAUGCGAAGGAUACAGAGGAGGAUAACGAUGGUGUAGGGGGAAGUUCGGAUCGUCGGCAGGAUUAG